GGGAUAUUGGUCAACGUACGAUGGAACUUCAGAACUGGCUGCGAACUGCCCUCCAGCAUUACAGUGAUCCCGAACGUACAUUUCGCGAUGUUGACGCUGUGCUGCAAAUGUACGUGUCCUUGAGACCAAAGAUGGAUAAUUACACGUACAAUGAUGGUCAUACGGAAUUGCUUCUUUGUCUCUACGGCACCGUACCUAUUACUUAUCGAUCGGUGCCUUAUAAUAUUCCUGUCGCUUUCUGGAUCCCCAUGUCCUACCCUCAUCAACCACCUAUUCCAUAUGUGAAACCCACUGCAAACAUGCUGGUCCGUGAAGGCAAUUAUGUGGACAACAGCGGUUUAUGUUAUCACCCCUAUCGGUCGUCAUGGACCGAAGAUGUCAAUAAACACACCCUGCUUGAACUGAUUGCCGUACUACAACAAGUGUUUGGACAAGAACCACCAGUGUACACCAAGAUCAUGCCGCCCAAUACCAUUCCAUCCUCCCCGCCGUCCUCGCACCAUGCCACUCCGCCUAUUUCUAAACGAUCGUCCUUGAACACCAUGCCAUUAGCGUCCCCUUCGCCUCCACCGGUUUCUACUACCUCCACCACCGCAGCCGAUGCAACGGCGGCAGGCUCGAAAUGGUAUGGUGAUGGUACGGCAUUUUACAAUAUUCAUCAGGGAUUUGCGUCCAUGUCACUGAAUCCUACGGGACCUAAUCCUACGGCAAGCAGCAGUACUGGCAGUAUACCAAAAUCGUCGUCGUUUCCGGUCAUGCCUACAGCUUCCGAUUAUGCAACACGCGGACGAAGCGCUGUUCACGACAAGCUGUACAGAAAAGUGUUGGAAAAUAUGCAAUCGUUCAAUAUGACAAUAUCCGCCGAGAUGGAUCGUUUGCUGAUGGUCAAUCGACAGCUAAACGACGGCGAAAUGGCGAUUAAUCACGAAGAGAAAAUGUUACUCGAUGCUCGUCAAAAACUCGAAUACAAUAUCAACCUACUGAAAACACGAUCAAAGGACAUAGAGGAAACGACCGACAAAGUGAAUAAUAUACCGGACAUUGAGGUUGACGAGGCGUUAUCGGGAACCACGGUUGUGUAUAAUCAACUGUUCGAGCUGGUGGCAGACGAUUGCGCCAUUUCUGAUACCAUGUAUAUUUUGGGCAAAGCACUUAAUACGGAACGAAUCGAUUUAGCGACCUUUAUGAAGUGCACACGUGCUUUGGCAAGGGAGCAGUUUAUGAAGCGAGCGCUGAUAAAAAAGAUUUGUGAUGCAGAUAAAUAAUCGCUUUGUUGCCCAUCCUCCUAUUGCAUGUCCCUUUUGCUUAACAUCGAGGCGUGCCAGCGUACAAAUAACUCUUUGUGAUCGUCCUUCAACCGUCCAGAGAACCAAAAACAAAACAAGAAAAAAGGGGUUUUAGAACGGUCAGUGGAACUCUUUUUGUAAUUUAAGCCAUUAAAGCAAAUGUACAAAUUUUUCUUCUUUACUUGUAUUUUCAAAGCUUCUUUUCUGACAAUCAACCGCCAGUUUGAAUGAGUGCAAGCGUAAGGACAAAAGGACAUUACGGGUGAAAAUGAGCAUGUUCUCGCCCGGUAUCCUCUGACGUAUGCCCUAUCAACCUAUCUUUUUUUUUUGCUUUUGCUUUUCAUUCAUUCGUCCGUCAUACAGCGGAUUCCAAGCAGUUAGUUGUUAUUAUUUUUGAACGAGU